UACCUUCCUCUUCAAUCCUCAGUUUUUUUGUAAACCCUAAAACCAUCUCUAAGAAGAGAUCAAGAUUUGUAAUCAAGAAGACACCAUUACUCAGAUCAACAUGCUCGCCGUUCACCGUCCUUCUUCCGCCGUAUCUGACGGAGAUUCCGUCCAGAUUCCGAUGAUGAUCGCGUCGUUUCAAAAACGUUUUCCUUCUCUCUCACGCGACUCCACGGCCGCUCGUUUUCACACACACGAGGUUGGUCCUAACCAGUGUUGCUCCGCCGUUAUACAAGAGAUCUCCGCUCCAAUAUCCACCGUUUGGUCCGUCGUCCGCCGCUUUGAUAACCCACAAGCUUACAAACACUUUCUCAAAAGCUGUAGCGUCAUCGGCGGAGACGGUGAUAACGUUGGUAGCCUCCGUCAAGUCCACGUCGUCUCUGGCCUCCCCGCUGCGAGCUCCACCGAGAGACUCGAUAUCCUCGACGACGAACGCCACGUCAUCAGCUUCAGCGUUGUUGGUGGUGACCACCGGCUUUCUAACUACCGAUCCGUCACGACCCUUCACCCUUCUCCGAUCUCCGGGACCGUCGUUGUUGAGUCUUACGUCGUUGAUGUUCCUCCCGGGAACACAAAGGAAGAGACUUGUGACUUUGUUGACGUUAUCGUACGAUGCAAUCUUCAAUCUCUUGCGAAAAUAGCCGAGAAUACUGCGGCGGAGAGCAAGAAGAAGAUGUCUCUGUGAUGAGUCUUUGUCGUUGUCGAGUAGUUUCGUUAGAUCCGACGUUUUCUAGAUUUUUAGCCGUCGUGUGAUCUAUGUUUUCCCGGCUUAUGUGUGAAAAAAAGUUACAUUAGUGA